AUGUGCUAUAGAUGGCGUCUUAGUUCAAGUAAAAGUUCUAGAAAUGAUUAAAAAUUUUACCAAAUAAACAAAAAGUAAAAAAAUAAGACAUCCAACGGGCGCCGUGACUGAUGAAACUGGGUGAACUGACAUAAAAUGAACAACUUAAACCAAUUGAAGCGACAGUACGGAGAAAAGCAUGUGGGAUUUGCUUCAUAUACUGAGUGUAUGUCUCGAGCUCUUUUGACUGGGCUUGCAUCUUUUGCCUUAACUGUCUCAGCAACAUAUAUUGGACAAACCCUGUUAAAGAAACAUCUCCCAUAUAGUCAGAAGUACUUUCUUCUGGCCCCUGUAGCCUUGGGAGUGACAGUAGCAUGGACGGUCACAGCUAGGAAGACAAGAAACUGUCAGGCUGCCUGGAUGUCCACAGAAGAGAAAAACACUUUUUUAUCUGACCAAAAUCAUCAAUAAGAUGAAAGAUAUGUACUAAUACGUAUACGUACUUAACCACAUGACUUGGUUAACGGAACAAGAAGGAUCAAGUUUGACUUAUAUUUUAAAGCAUACGAAAUAACUUAUAUGUAACCUCAUGCUAAGUCGUAGUUCUUGUAAUUUGGAAAGUAAAUAAAGUGAGACACCGCUCAGUGCUACCCCAUUUUAA